ACGAGACUCGCGUUAAACCAUCGGGAUUAGAUCCGAGGACAGUCGAGCGGAGAGCAGCCGAGUUAAACGCUCUGAGUAAACAGCAGCAUUAGGAUCCCAGAGGAGGAAUAACUGUGCAGGCUCUGAUCCGAAGCCGGAGUAAACCCAAAGCAGGAUCAGCACAGCUCAGGACACGCAUGCAGGGACAGGUGUGUCAUAAACCCAAACAGAAGUCAUCCGAAACGCCUCGCCGCUCAUUUCCCGUCGGGUGAGGAGGGUGUCUGCCCAUGCACGGCACCAUGGGAAGCUCCCCGGAGGUGCUGUCCUGGACAUCGUGUCCCAGUCUGCUAGUGGGGAAGCUGAAGGAAGAGCUCAAGCUCACGGUCGUCGGAGACUCAAUCAAGAAAACCAGCAGCAACAUUUCUCCUCAGGCUCUUCUGCCUCCUCCACCUUCUCCUCCACAGAUCAUCUCAGACCUCGCUCCUCCCACAACUCUUCCCGUUCCUCUUCAGCAGCUCUCAAUCCCGUGCAGAGACGAGGAACCAGGCGGGAUCAGUCCUCCGUGCACCGCUCUCAGCGAGGACUCCACGCGGGAACAGGGACACUUCGAAAACAGCGUGCUUCAGCUGCAGGAGCACGAGGAGGCCGAGUCUCCGGGGUCCUGCGGUCAGGGAGGCUGUGGAAGCGGCGGAGAGGAGAAGAACGAGGAGAGCGGGUGUCCGGUGGAGCACAGCGGGAACGGCACGCACCACCUCCCGCAUGACGACAUCAAACUGCACUUUCAUAGAGCCGGGCCGGUGAACGGAGGGUUCCUGGAGGGGCUGUUUGGAUGUUUGAGACCCGUGUGGAAUAUCAUCGGGAAGACUUACUCGACUGAGUACAAACUUCAGCAGCAAGUAGACAUGUGGGAGGUGCCGUUCGAGGAGAUCUCUGAGCUGCAGUGGCUGGGAAGUGGAGCUCAGGGCGCCGUGUUCCUCGGGAAGUUUCACUCCGAAGAGGUCGCCAUCAAGAAAGUCCGCGAGCAGAAGGAGACGGAUAUCAAACACCUCCGAAAACUGAAGCACCCCAACGUCAUCAGCUUCAAGGGUGUGUGCACGCAGGCGCCGUGUUACUGCAUCAUCAUGGAGUAUUGUGCACAGGGGCAGCUGUACGAGGUCCUCAGGGCCGGCCGUAAGAUCUCUCCACGACUGCUGGUGGACUGGGCUUCAGGGAUCGCCAGUGGCAUGAACUACCUGCACCUCCACAAGAUCAUCCACAGAGACCUCAAGUCCCCAAAUGUGCUAGUCACUCAGAAUGACGGCGUGAAGAUCUCAGACUUUGGAACAUCUAAAGAGCUCAGUGACAAGAGUACGAAGAUGUCCUUUGCGGGUACGGUAGCCUGGAUGGCCCCCGAAGUGAUCCGGAAUGAACCGGUGUCGGAGAAAGUUGACAUCUGGUCGUUUGGCGUGGUGUUAUGGGAGCUGCUGACCGGCGAGAUCCCCUAUAAAGACGUGGACUCCUCCGCCAUUAUCUGGGGUGUGGGGAGUAACAGCCUCCAUCUGCCUGUGCCGUCCACGUGUCCCGACGGAUUCAAGAUCCUUAUGAAACAGACCUGGCAGGGCAAACCCAGAAACCGGCCGUCCUUCAGGCAGAUCCUUCUACAUCUAGACAUCGCCUCCGCUGAUCUGCUCGGGACGCCACAGGAGACAUACUUCAAAUCUCAGGCGAAUUGGAGAGAAGAGGUGAAGAAGCAUUUCGAGAAGAUCAAGAGUGAAGGAACCUGCAUCCAUCGCCUGGACGAGGAGCUCAUCCGCCGCAGAAGAGACGAGCUGCGACAUGCUCUGGACAUCCGAGAGCAUUAUGAGAGGAAACUGGAGCGGGCCAAUAACCUGUACAUGGAGCUCAGCGCUAUCAUGCUACAGCUGGAGGUGCGAGAGAAAGAGCUGCUCAAGAGGGAGCAGGCGGUGGAGAAGAAGCACCCCGGCACGUACAAACGCCACCUGGUCCGGCCCAUUGUGCGACCCAACGCUGUCGAGAAGCUCAUCAAGAAAAAGAGUAGCAUGAACCAUAAGCCUGGGACACAGCCGCCCAAGAGACCGGAUCUGCUGCGCUCCGAGGGCAUUCCCAGCGUCGAGCCUCAUCCGGCUCCGUCCCCACUGUCAGGAAGCCCAAAAGUGUCCACCCCGCCUGGGAAAACCCGGUACCGCAGUAAACCCCGGCACCGCAGAGCCAACAGCAAAGGCAGCCACAAUGAUUUCCUAGGUUCGCUGAAGCCCAACUCAGUCCCUUCAGAAGAACAGCAACCCCUACAAGAGCAAAGUUACCAUCAUCAUCAUCAUCCUCCACCCGAGGGUCCGCUCAUCCCGAUCCAGAACCGUGCGAUCGCAGUGGCAACGUGUGCCAAUAACCUGCGCUACUUCGGCCCAGCUGCUGCUCUCCGAAGCCCUCAGACAGAUCAUCUCCAGCGGAGGCUUUCCGGCUCCAGUCCUGAUCUCAUUUCCACUGCGGUCGAUGCUGAUUCACGGCACCGCAGAUCCUCCAUCCCUCCGUUCAUGGGCUCCGGUCCCGAGCCGCUGUGCCCCUGCUGUCAGGCUCAUCCGUUCCCGGGCUGCACACACUGCCAGGAGACGCCGCCCGCUCCCAGUCACCCACAACUCCCACAUUACUCUCUGUUGAGCACCAGUGAGGGGACGCCCCACCCUAACAAGAACACACCGGAGGGGGACGCUCAGGGAAAGGGGGAGAAGCCGGAGCAGGGAAGCUCACUGCACACGCUCAGACCUCUCAGAAAGGCGGGAGACGAGUCUUCUGAGGAAGAGGAGGGAGAGGUUGACAGCGAGGUGGAUUUUCCACGCAGACAACGUCCUCACCGCUGUAUGAGCAGCUUUAAGUCGUACUCCACCUUCAGUUCGGAGAACCUGUCGGUGUCUGACGGAGAGGAGGGCAACACCAGUGACCAUUCUCACAGCGGGCCGCUGGAUCCGCUCAGCGCCAGUCAAGAGGAACAUCUGGACGAGCUGCUGUCCCACACUCCGGAGAUCCCCAUCGACAUCUCCACGCAGUCCGACGGCCUGUCGGAUAAAGAGUGCGCCGUCCGCCGGGUCAAGACUCAGAUCUCUCUGGGAAAACUGUGUGCGGAUGAGCACAGCUACGAGAAUCCGCUGCAUUUCGGUGACUCCGACUGUGAUACUUCGGAUGCUGAAUGUUCCGACGCCACCAUCAGGAACAAGCCUCCCUGCGCUCCCUCUUCCUGGUGAACCUUCGGAGGAAACCACGGCAAUAAUCCACGCCUGCUGUAAACAGCCAUUUUAUCCAGCCCUUCCCAUAAUCCACCACUCUCUCUCUCUCUCUGAGCAUCUCAGGCAGAUUCCUCUGAAGUGAUAAUGUAGCUAGAGUAACACGCUUCAUUUAUUUUAUUAUGAGCUGGAGGAAGUGCAAAACAAAA